AUUUGGCAUCUUUUUAACUUGUGUUGUGUGAUUGACUGAGCUCUGGGAAACUCUCUUUCUACUUCAUCAAUGGAGAGCUUAGCGCACCUUGAAGCACUGUGUGAGAGGCUUUACAAUUCACAGGAUUCUGCUGAGCGAGCUCAUGCAGAGAAUACACUGAAAUGCUUCUCAGUAAAUAGCAGCUAUAUUUCACAAUGUCAGUACAUUUUGGACAAUGCAUCAACUCCUUAUGCAUUGAUGCUGGCUAGUUCAAGCUUGUUGAAGCAAGUAACAGAACAGCACCUAUCUUUGCAGAUCCGGCUUGAUAUUCGCAACUAUCUCAUAAAUUACCUGGCAACAAGAGGAAUUGACUUGGAGCCUUUUGUAACUGCAUCUUUAAUUCAACUGCUUUGUCGAGUGACAAAGUAUGGGUGGUUUGAGGAGGACAUUUUUAGAGAGGUGGUCAAAGAAUCCACAAGCUUUCUGAAUCAGACAGCAUCUUGUUAUGCAAUUGGUUUGAAGAUAUUGAAUCAACUUGUGUCAGAGAUGAAUCAGCCCAGUCCUGGAAUGCCAUCAGCACAGCAUCGUAGGGUGGCUUGCUCCUUCAGAGAUCAAUCGCUUCUUCAAGUAUUCCAAAUAUCCCUGACAUCAAUGGCCCAGCUGAAAAUUGAUGUUACAAUUUCUGAGAAUGCGACUAGCAGCAAACUACAAGACCUCGCUCUUGCGAUGUCCUUAAAAUGUUUAUCAUUCGACUUUAUGGGAACGACGGUUGAUGAAAGUUCGGAUGAAUUUAGCACUAUUCAGAUCCCAUCUUCAUGGAAGCAAGUCCUGGAGGAUCAAUCGACGGUGCAGAUUUUUUUUGACUAUUAUGAGAUCAACAAGCCUAACUUGUCGAAGGAGGCUUUAGAGUGUUUAGUCAGGCUGGCUUCAGUGAGAAGAUCGCUGUUUACAAAUGACACUUCUAGAGUGAAAUACUUGGCACACCUGAUGACAGGAACCAAAGACAUUAUGCAAACUGGAAAAG